GGGGAUAGUCGUAUGGCGUAUCGUUAUACCAUUGCUCCAACUGCAAUCAAACUUAUUGACCAGCACGACCAGAAUGAGAAAAUCCAACGGUACCUAGGUAGGAUUUGAACAUGACCUCCCAUCAGCUAUACGCGAGACCAUACACCAAAAUAUAUCGUUGUUAUGCAGGUGUGGACCACACCUUAAUUUGGCGACCAGGCUUCGGAGCGGGUUUUGGCUCAUACUUCCAAGCCCAAGGGGAGGUAAUUGCUGUCAACGGACCCGAGUCAACGGACCAGAUGGCAAUUUGAGCAGUGCCAGCUCCUGUCACCAUUCAAACAUAGCCUUGCCCAGGGCCGCGACGGCCAGUCACAAACGCAAUAUCCAGGAAAGACAGCAGGAGAGAAUGCCACAAGGAAUGCAAACCAUACUUCUAGGCACGCCUUAGCUUUGUCUGGGGCAGUGUACACCAAACUGUGUUUUUCCACAAGGUUCGCAAACACGAAAAGUGAAGGAAUGACUUAGGAAAGAAUUGGCGAUGCGCCAUCCAACGAAUUGAAUGUGACCAAUACCGUGAAAAAUACUCAAAGUAUCCCGCCUGCGCUCUUCCCAGCGAAGGAUGGAUGCAUCUACUCCCCCUGUGGUUCAAUGUAUCCGGUGCCGGAAAGAUAUUCCUUAAAAAUCAGGCCUAAAACCCCGGUCCAGUAGAACACACUCUAUUUGGUCCUGAUGGUGAAUGUGGUGAUGCUGGAGAAUCCAUGCAGAACAAGAGGAUUCAUUUGUCCCGUUUCUCAAGAGGAACGAUGAACGAUGAACUUUUGAAGUUAUCCCAGUGAGCCUGGGAAAGCAUAUUUAGAACCGCUGCCCGUGGCUGUGUGAAGUCCAACCACAGAUCAAGCUUGUGUGUGUUGCUCUGAGAGUUGGUUGUUAGAUCUUGUUACAACGGUAGCGUCGUGUGAGGGCUAUCGCAUCGUGUGGAGAAGUGUUUCUGAGUCGUGCCUUUCUUUGCCUGUACAACAGAGUUGCUAGCCUCGGUUUAUGGUUUGAGCGCGUUUAUCUCGUAUUUCGUAUCGCGUAAGUUACGAAAUAGUCUUUCUUGGCUGAUGGAUAACUUACACCAAGAAGAUCCUGAGAAUAUGGCCGGGGUGCCAUUGGGGAAUGCGGGCUCAUAUCAUGGAUGGGAUGGGAUGGGUCUCUUUGAUAUCGGCCACUUUGUCGGACUGUCAGCCUGGCAAGGAGUCCCGCCGCCGCUCGUAUUACUAUUAUUGGCUGCUUGACCACUCGCGAGUGAGGCGUAACUAAACGAAAUUCUACCGAAUGCGGCUAGUGCAUUCCGACCUGCCGAUGUUGAUAUAUGGGAUCGAUCUAUACAGAGUACGAUCGACGAGCUUCAAUUGCGCUUCAGAAUAGGAGUAUAUAAUAUUUUGAAAAAGCAGCUAUGGCGCACACUUUCUUCUGGAUUAAUACUCUGUGUCCAGAGCAUCUAUUUCGUGUCCUUACUGUGCAGGCCAUACUGUCAGUCAUCUUAAUGCUUAGACCAACCUUGCUUCUUGUUCCAGUGUUUACUUCCAUUUCUCAUCAUUUAAUUUUUGGAUAAUCGAAGGAUUUUAUUUAUUUAUUUCCUUUUUGCGAUGGGCGGACCUGGCACUGAGGGUUUUAGUUUCUUCCAGUACAAGCCAGUAAAGGGAGCCUCCGCAGUUUUUGCGGUUCUUUGGCUUGUUUCGGGCGUUCUGCAUCUAUGGCAAAAUAACUUGAGAUAUAAAACGUGGCGGAUGGGCAUGCUGCUUCCAUGGGUCUCGCUGAUCUUCGUAGUCGGCUAUAUCCUCCGUGAAAUUGCAGCUCACGGCCUCUACGGAGAUCUUAAUCUUUUCAUUGCGACGUCGUGUUUCCUAUUUUGUGCCCCCCCUAUAUUCCUCGCCAUAAACUCUAUCAUCUUCGGUCGUGUACUGUAUUAUGUCCCCUGGCUAUCGCCAAUGCAUCCAGGGCGCGUGAUAUCGACUUUUCUCGGGUGCGAUGUUAUCAUCGAAGCCCUGGCCUCUUCUGGAGCAUCUAUAGGGUCAAAUCUCAGUCACCCGCCAGGGACGCUAAAGGUGGGCGCCAUCCUAAUCAAGAUUUCGAUUCUCGCACAAAUCCCGAUCUUCGCCCUUUUUGGCGUUCUCGUCGCCCAUUUCCACCGCCGCUUACACAAAGCUGGUAUCCACGAACCAAGAAUCCGAAAAGUGCUGGUAACCCUCUACUUGUCGUGCGUGCUGUUGACGAUUCGGAAUGUAUUUCGUGCUAUAGACACAUUUGAAGGGUGGGGAUCUGCUAUGGGCCGCACCGAGGCAUAUUUCUGGUGCCUCGAUGCAAUACCCAUACUCAUCAAUGGUGUUUUGAUGAAUAUAUUCCCGCCUGCCAGCUGCCUUCCCCGGUCCAAUGUGAUUUAUCUAGCGCAGGAUGGGAAAACAGAGCGCAUUGGCCCAGGCUGGGUCGAUGAUAGACAUUUUCUCCUAACUGUUUUUGACCCUUUUGAUUUUGCUGGAAUGGCCAAGGGGAAAGACAAGAAGACUGCCUUUUGGGAAGAAGACGCGGUCUCGUUGCAUGAUCACUCUGAUACACACCGUCUCGCGGUUUGAAAACUUUGCAAUUCCGAGCGCGUAUAUUAUCGCUUCAUUAAACCAGCUAGAACUUCUCUCUUCUUCUUCCCUUUCUUCUUCUUCUUCUCUCUCUCUCUCUCUCUCUCUCUC